GCUCUUUUGACAGAGUUCGCCGUCCACUGUGGUAAGUCAACCUUAAGUUUCCCUCAAAAUAGCAAACAUAGAAAAUGUCGGCUCUAAGUACCGGCAUUUCGGACAGUGACCCGGGUGCCAUAUGAUUGGGGCGCCAUCAACAAACUUCCAAAAUAGGCAAAAUCGUUGCAUGUGGUCGCCAUGGAAGAACAAUAGAAAGUGUACAACAAAAAGAUUUGCUGACCUAAGGCCUAGGGGAAAAAUGUCAUUAGUAGGCUAAUUGUUCAUUUUGCCAUCGGUAGGCUAAUUGUUCAUUUUGUCAACGGUAGGCUAUUUGUUCAUACUGUCCACGGUAGGCUAAUUGUUCAUACUCUCAACGGUAGGGUAAUUGUUCAUACUGUUAACGGUAGGCUAAUUUUUCAUACUGUCCACGGUAUGCUAAUUAUUCAUACUGUCCACGGUAGGCUAAUUGUUGAUACUAUCCACGAUAGGCUAAUGGUUCAUACUGUCCACGGUAGGCUAAUUUUUCAUACCUCCAUCGGUAAGCUAAUUGUUCAUACUGCAAAGGUAAGCUAAUUUUUCACACUGCCCAAGAAAGCUAAUUGUUCUUACUGUGAAAGUACACAUUAAGAAAAACAAUUGCCCUGGUCGUUUUUUCUUUAAAAAAAACAACCUAGGUAAUAAUCUCAUUACAUAAUCCCGUUUAUUUUCCUCGCACAAAUUUGUUCGCUUAAACUUCUAACGGGUGCCAAAGCUACGUUGCACCAACAACUUAGAACAUCAAUUUCGCUCCCUUUUCAAUAAAUGUACACUCAGGUUAGCAUGACAUUGAAACGUCACGUAGAACCGUGUCUACCGGUUAUGUGGUUAUAGCAUGGCUACGGUUAGUGCCUCUCAGAGGCCGGGCAAAGGUGUGUUCCACUUUUCAAAGGAAAAAUACAACUGUAUUUUUAAAGAAAAAAUAAAAUUCCUUCCCUCUCAAUGUGAGAAAAGUGCCGAGCGCCCCGACUGCAUUAUUGCAUUUGAAAAAAAAAAAACAGAGAGUUUCGACGGUUACUAUGGAAACAACUGCUCCCAGGUUUGUUCGGUCGGGUGCACGUGGGAGGAAUGUGACCACAUGACCGGUCACUGUUUCAGCUGUGUUCCCGGUUACCAGGGCGACACAUGUAACGUGGGUAAGUUUGCUUAUAUGGCCAUCCGGGUGAUCCAAUCGGUCAGCAUACAGUUCAGUAUGGCUUGUAUUUAUUUAGUAUUAAAUCCAUGUGUGUUUGUUUGUGUAUAUAACUUGACUCACUAAAGUAUCUAACUGAACGACUGCAUUCAAGCUUCCCGCAAUAGCAAUGGAUAUUUCUUGAGGUUUUUUUUUUUUUACUGUGCUCUGUUUGUUGUAAUGUUUUCAUUAGUCCUGUGCGCUGAACAUUUAUCUGAUAACAUUUAUGUCUAAUUUUCUUCAUGAUUUUUUUCUUUUAUAUAUAAUAACAGUUUGUGACUUUGGAAAGUGGGGUCAGAACUGUAGUCAUUCAUGUGACACGAAGUGCUUAAACAACACGUGUGACCCCGUGAGGGGUCAGUGUAACCAGGGUUGUGUGGCGGGUUAUAAGACGCCGUACUGUACUGAAGGUAAGGCAUCCGUUGUUUUUCUUUCAACAACAACAAAAAAUAAAGACCUACAAACACCGAGAACAAAACCAGAACAAGAAAAUGAAAAGACAGUGCCUGCACACAAGUAUAAUAUCGAAUAGGCAUGUUGUAAUUGAUAUGAAGCAAAUUAUAGUAGUUUGAAAAUCUAAUUUAACAUUUCAAUCCACUGAACAUUUAGAAAAUAAACUUUAUUUUUAUACGAUUUCCUUCACAAAAAAAUCACACAUUAAUAAAUAUAUGAUGUCUUUUGUAAACAACUCAUGUCUUCUUAACAAUUAUGUCGGUUACAUAAGUUUUAUAAAUAUAUACCAAUUUUGAAAACUCAUAAAUGUAUAGCCCUCUCUACAGAAAAAUGUUGUUCUUUUGACUUUGGUAAAUCUUGGAAAUAUUUAGGAAUAAAUGUUUUUCUUUGGUUUUUCAUGUCGUUUAAAAUGUAAAACUAUUUUAGCAUUUGUGAAAUAGUCGUCGCUUAAAAGUGCUUAAAACCAGAUCAGAUGUGCAGCAAAUUCAUCCGUUUUAUUAUGGCACAAUUUAAUAUGGCACAGAUGUGCAGUAACUUCAUCCAAUUAAAAUGCAACAAUUUAAUUUAUUACAACAAGUUGAAGUCAUUUACUUAAGUAUUUAGUUUUUGAUUCCAUCUUUCUUGACUAUGUUUUUUGGGACUGACUAAUCAGAAACUUAAAUAAAAAAUCAAUUUCUUCUUCAUCAAAUACAAAAAGAAAAAAAAGUAAAGAAAAGAGAUGAAAAUAAAUUUCACAAAAAUUUAACAUUGAUUGUAACUUUUGAUAGUGAACUCACGGUGUAAAAAGGAGGAAAGAAGUGAGUGGGAAGUUUUAAAUAACAUCGCUAUCUUUGGGGUUGGAGGAGUUUAGAGUUUUAAAAAAAAAUAACAUAGUCAUCUUUUGGGGCAACAACCUUACAAUUUGUAGUGUCCUCACGCCCCCACUCCAAACCUCACCGUUUCUAAAAGCUACAGCACCAAAUAAUUCUAAAUAGGGUUUUAAACAAUACUAUUUUUUGUCUGUUUUCCAGUGUGUAAACACGGUCAGUGGGGACUCAACUGUCUUAACUCCUGUCAAAAUUUCUGUGUAAAUGGAUCCUGUCAUCACGUGACUGGUCUGUGUGACAUUAAUUGUGAGUCUGGCUACCAGUCACCCAACUGUACUCAAGGUAAAAAAAUAUUAAUAAUUUUUUUUUUCAAAUUGCCUCAAUUAUUACAUAAUAUUUAACUACUACCAUUCAAAUUAUGCCUACACUAGAAUUUCUGUUCACAUGGAGAGAUGGGGGCUAUUUUGGAAAUUUUCCAUCUGUGUUGGACCAUUCCACUUGAGAGGCAAUGUUGGAAUAAUCCCCGUGAAAGGCAAUGUUGGGAAGUUCCCAUUGAGAGACAAUAAUGGAAUAAUCCGUUGGACGGAGAAAUUUUUGUGUGUUGAAUAUCCCACUAAAGAGGCAAGGUUGGAAUGCUCCAAAUAAUGAUAAUUGAUUUAAUGAAUUAAUUAGACACAAAUAAUUUGUGUAAAUAAAGCUAUAUUGUUUCAGCUUUAAUAACGAUCUUACAGAGUAAAAAUCUAAACUUUUCGGCAAAGACCUUCAUUAAUAGAAAAAAGUCACAUAUAUGUAUGAAUUGAAUUUACAUAUACACGUUUUCAACUUACAUGAAAAAAAUAAUAGGCUUGGGCAAGUCCUUGUACAAAAAACAACAACAUAAUUCAGAUGAACAGAAUUGAAAUGGGUGGAAGCACAAUUGAAAUAGACCAAACAGGAAAGAGGACAUUGUAGCUACGAAAAAUUGUAUAAUACUACGUAAAAGGGGCAAUGUUGUAAUAUUGAGUUUAGCAUUGUAUUACAGUAUUGGUAUGUAUAUAAAUGUACGUAUAUAUACGUUUGCUAAUUGUACUAUCUAAUUUCCUUUCUAAUCAUAGAUGCGAAAUAAAUAAUGAUUAUUACAUUUUCCCAAGUUAAAAAAAAAUAAACAUACAAUUUUUUAUUAAAAAUUAUUGGGUUUCUGGGGUCGUAUUUAUCCCUUUUCCACUGGUGUUUCCCCCAAUAUUGUCAUUACGAAUGAUUCAAACUCGCUUUAAUUUUACAGUUCAGAAAUCUACCAAAGAAGUCCUGAAAACCGGAAGCACGUGUAUCACCAUUGGUGUGACCUUGACCUCUGUAGCGAUUGCAAUGAUCGUCGUCACCGCCAUUGCCGUUUUCAUGUUCAGAAGAAACCGGAAGUUGUCGAUCGGGUCGGAUACCUCCGUCACUGAGCUGUGUCCGGAAGUUCUGUCCAUGGAAGAAGCUGCCACGGAUUUGUCAGACGACAUAUCGCCGU